UACUAUGAAAAGGAGGUAGUAUUUGGUAGUGCUCUAGCUCUUGUAUCCUAGUUCAGUGAAGCUGCAGUGCAACCAAAUGGUCCAACCGAAUCGUGAGGGUAGGAAGGUCUCUGGUUAGCUCACAGUUCCAACUCCAAUUAAAUCAUAUGUUUUCUAUAUAUAUGUCUAGACAUAUUAGUACAUAUAUGAAUCCAAGCAAAAUCAGAAAAUCUUACAAUAUGGAACAGAAGCAAUAUACACCAAGUAUUACGAAUUCGUCUAUUUUUUGAAAAGGUUUUGCCGGUAGUUAAUUUGUCAAGAAAAAGUUUUCAACGGGGGGAAAUUACAAAAGUUCACCAGUUGAAUCCUUCCCCUACUAUAUAAACCCUAAGGAGACCAACACAUUAGAACCAGACCAAAAUAAUACGCCACGACGUACUUCACGGUCAGCUUCUUCAACCUACCUCGUUAACAUCGUGACACGCGCCACGCACGCUGGCUUGAUCAACGAGGAUGUGGGGUAAGGUGUCCGCCGCGACCACCACCGCCACCGCCAUGGACGCCAAGGAGGCGGAGGAGGUGCUGCGGCGGAGGAACGGCGAGCUGGAGAAGGCGGUGGCGGAGGCGGCGGCGCGGGAGGAGCGGCUGCGGCGGGAGCUGGAGGCGGCGCUGGCGAGGCUGGCCGUCGCGGAGGAGGCCGAGGAGCGGCUGUGCGUGCAGCUCGGCGAGCUGGAGGCCGACGCGGUGGCGGAGGCCGUGCAGCACCAGCGGCGGGUCCGGGAGCUCUCCGACAGGCUCGCCUUCAUGGACGGCGUCAUCCGGUCGUCCGGCUCCUGCAGUACCGCCGCCGCCGCCGCCAUGGACUGAUCGGGUCAGGUCUCCAUGGAUCCUCUCGUAGAUUGUUCUUUUUUUGUGCGAGAAGGUCAUGAAAACAUGUAAAUUAUUCUUGCAUAUUAUUUUACUGGUGCAAGAUUAUGGUGUGUGUGUGAUGAAAUUUACAUGGUUUGUACAUAAUGAAAUGAUCAGUCAGUACUGAUCGUUCGUUCUGGUUUUUUUAAAACCAAGAACCAAAGAGGAGAGAAUCUAGCGGUUCCCGUGCCUUUUUCUUCAAAAAGUUGUUCUGGUUAGG